AUGGUGGUGGCAGUGAGGCAAGAUGGUACACUUUGGCAUGGGGUGUUACAGUUCCCAUCUGAGUUCUGCCACUAUAAUCAUUGGCGAGAACAAGAGGAAGAGAAAAAUGAGAAAGAGAUUAAUGGAUAUUGGAGGCAUGGCCAUGUGAAGAAUAGAGCUUUGCCAUUCCCUACUCUCAUAGCGAUACUGAAUGAAAAAACUGGAAAAGACGAGAAUGAGGUUGAUGUUGGAAAUCUGAGGUUGACCCUAUUCAAAAUCUUUGGAAACGAAGUCAGUCCUAAGGUGAAGAAGUCCAUGAACAAAAACAAGAACAAAAACAAAGCCCAGAUCAAUGCCAAGGUUAAAGGAGAAAAUGGAGGCAGCAAAGGAUAUUCGUCCCAAGGAAUGGUGGGAAGCAAAGCUCAAGUGUUUCUAAAACUACAACGGAAGCUUGAGAGGGCCGAGUAUGCAAGAAAGGUUGCUUUAACAGAACAAACAGUGGCCGAUAUUGGAAACCAAAAGGCUUACAAUAAUGGAGCAAUAUCAUCAUCAAAGCGUGGACUUCCUAGAGGUGGGAUUCUGAUUAAUGGUUGCCAAACAGACCAAAUUUCUGGGGAUGCUAGGAAAUUGCUCAAGACCAAUGGUUUCGCUCAGCAACCUGGCCUCUAUUGCAAUGAUGAUGAUGUCAAUGCUUCUUUUCUCCUUGCUGCCCAUAUCUGA